UCAUUUUCAAAAGUCUAAAUUAUAAUUCAAAGAUGUCCAAAGUGUUAAAAGGAAUCAUAUUUUUAUUCCUUUUACAGGGCAUAACUGCAGAUCUUGAAAAUUUAGUGCCAAAAGAAUGGAAUACAGUUGACGAUGACAAGUGCGUUACUUAUUGUUUUAGUGACGUUAUAACCCUGGCGAAUCAUAUAGCUCGAAUGAAUCAAUCUACGGAGACUCCCAGUGAAUCAAUUGCGAAAAUUAAUCGCCUUGAUAGAGAGUUGCAAGUCUGCAAAGUUCAAUUGAAUGAUCAGGUGGCAGGAGGUAAUGUCAUGCAAGAACUUGCGGCACAAAAGGCUUUACUAGAGGCUAAGGAUGAAAUAGUCAAUGAGCUAAGGGCCCAGUUAAAGAAGGACACGGUAACAAAUAGUGUUCUACUUAGCGCUUUCAAUAGCUUGAAGGCCCAAGUAAGUAAGUUCUUGGAGGGAGGCAAUUUAGGGUCAAUUCAAAACAGACAGCAGGAGGAGAAUCUGCCCAAUCAGGGUCUCUAUGUUGAAGGUGUUCGACGAUUGCAAUUGGCAGGACGCCCACCUUUUGAGGUGCCUUACAUAACGCCCAUAUCCAGUUGGACUGUUAUUCAAAGACGCAUUGAUGCAAGAGUUAAUUUCGAUCGAAAUUGGCAUGACUACAAGAAGGGAUUCGGUGAUGCGAAAGAAAACUUUUUUGUUGGUCUCGACAAUCUGUAUUUGAUUCUAAAAACUCGACCCCACGAGCUGUAUAUCCAACUCGGUGAUAUUAAUGGUAAAAUUGGAUAUGCACGCUAUGAUAAUUUCAAAAUAAGUGGUGAAGGGAAAAAUUAUCAACUCUUAUCGGUUGGAAAUUAUACAGGAACUGCUGGCGAUUCAUUAGGUUCCCAUGUUGGUGCUUUAUUUUCAACUCAUGAUCGGCAUAACAAUUUAUUGGUUCAACAUAAUUGCGCUUUAGGCGCCUCAGGUGGAUGGUGGUACACGUCAUGUGGCGAAAGUAAAUUGAAUGGAUGGUUCCAUACCAAUGGUUUGGUUCACAAAAAUGGCAUUACAUGGGGUACUUGGGCUGAUCCAAAUCAAUCAAUAAAUCUACAAUCUUUAACAUUCGUACAAAUGAUGAUACGACCAAUCGCAUAAUCGAUUUGCACCAAAAUUGCACAGAACAUCAUUAAAACUUUUGGCCUAUUACAAAAAUGUUUUUAUUAAUUUGUAGUGAUAUUUUUUGGUGCGAAUUCAAAUAAAUAUUCAACUACGUUGUCUGCUUUCGUUAA